GCUGUCACAUGACUUGUCCAAGAUGGCUGCGCCCAUGUUACUCCGGCGCAGCAGAGGUUUCGUCUCGUUGCUGUACGUCGGCCCUCGGUACAGUAGCAAUUCAACUGGCCCCGCUGCUGAAGGCGGGAUCCUCCAGUAUCUCUGCAACCGCUUCUAUGACAUUGACACCUUUGUAGAGAUGGCCCAUAAGCUAAAGAAUUGGAAUGUACAAAGAAAAAACAGGUUCUGUGUUGAGGAAUGUCACGACUACGGGUACGAGGCUGCGGCUUUUACCUUUGCCCUCGCUCUGAAGGGAAGCGUUAGGUGCCAGGGCCAACAGGAAUGGCAUCGCAAGCCCCUCAGAAUUUGGAACAGGAGCCUGUAUCUCCGUCAGAUUGUUGUGGAGGAAAUUGACUUAAGCGGCUCUGUCAUCAGCUAUGACGGGCUGGAUAACCUGGUUCGUCUGGAAGCGCUGCAGCAUCUGGACCUCAGCAGAUGCCCCAACAUUGACGACUGGAGCCUGAACCGGUUGCAUGUCUUUGCGGACACCCUGCAGGAGCUUUCGCUAGCCGGCUGCCCCCAGAUCACCGAGAAGGGCCUCGCUUGUCUCCACCAGCUCCAGAAUCUGAAGCGCUUGGACCUCUCUGACCUCCCGGCUGUUCCCAACAAAGGCUUAAUUCGGAUCCUGUUGGAGGAGAUGUUGCCCGAGUGUGAAAUUGUGGGGAUGGACAGUGGGGAUGAGUUGGACUGGCACGUUGGAUCCGAUGCGCACCAGAGUGAAAUAGAGGAGCCUCAGGGAGUUGUCUGCAACCGGAAAACUGACAAAGUCUCCAUUUGAGCGGGCAGGGCAGCAUUUUAAGGGAACCUUCACCUGCCAGAUGUGGUGUUCUCCAAAUCUCUUUACUCCUUCCCUACAUCUAGUUGACACUGGGACAGUCAUUCUAAAGCAGCCUUCUUCAACCUGGGGCGCUCCAGAUG